CGUAUGUGUGUGUAUAUAUAUAUAUAUAUAUAUAUAUAUCGCUUUUCCGCUAUGAAUCUCUCAGUUAAUUCUAACAUCCCAUGGCUCCUCCAACUGAGAAUUACUUUCUGCUCAUCGCGCCACUUCUUCUUCUACUUCUAGCUUAUACAAGCUUUCUUUUCAUAUCGGGGAAAUCCCCGUCCCUCAAACGCCGCCGUAUCGAAGCCCAAACUCCUCCGCCGGGCCCGCCGGCCCUGCCCAUCAUCGGCCACCUCCACCUCGUCGGCAAAAUCCUGCCCACAUCUUUCCAGGCCCUGGCCCAACGCCACGGCCCACUACUCACCCUCCGCCUCGGAUUCUCCACCUGCGUCCUGGCCUCCGACGCCUCCACCGCGAAGCAAAUCUUCAAGGCCCACGAGCUCAACUUCUCGUCCAGGCCCGAGUUCGGCUCGGCCCAGUACUCCAUCUACCGCGGGUCCAACUUCGCCAUGGCCCCCCACGGCGACUACUGGCGGUUCAUGAAGAAGCUGACCGUCACCAGGCUCCUCUCCCCCGCCCGGCUCCGCCUCCUCGCCGGCGUGGUGGACGACGAGAGGGUCCGGCUUCUGAGAUCCGUCGCCGGCAGCGACGGGAAGGUAUGCGAUCUGGGGAGCGAGCUGACGGCAAUGACGAACAACGUGAUCUGCCGGAUGGCGAUGAGCACGAGGUGCUCCGGCGAGAGUGAGGAGGCGGAGAGGGUCAGAGGGGUGGUGGCGGAGUGUUUGGAUCUCGCCGGGAAGUUGAGCUGCGGGGACGCGUUGGGCCCGCUUUUUUCGGUGCUGGAUUUUUCGGGGAAUGGGCCGAAGCUGGUUCGGGUGCUGACCGAGUUCGAUGGGCUGGUGGAGAGGAUUAUAAAGGAGCACGAGGAGGAGGAAGAGACGGAAAGAAGAAGGGAGGAUUUGUUGGAUAUCUUGCUGGAGAUUUAUAACGAUCCGCUUGCUGAGAUCAGGCUUUCCAAGACCGAUAUCAAGUCUUUCUUGCUCGACAUAUUCAUCGCCGGGACAGACACAACAUCAACCGCAAUGCAAUGGGCGAUGGCAGAACUGAUCAACCACCCAGCCGCGUUCAAAAACCUCAGGGACGAAAUCAACACCGUCGUCGGCCCAAACCAGCUCAUCAAAAACUCCGACGUCCCAAACCUGCCUUACCUCCGAGCCGUGAUCCACGAGACCCUCCGCCUCCACCCUCCCGCGCCGUUGAUCAUCAGAGAAUCCGCCGACGACUGCCAAGUGAACAGUUUCACCAUCAAGCGCAAGACCCGAGUCCUAACCAAUGUCUACGCCGUCAUGAGGGAUCCGCAAAGCUGGAAGAACCCAGACGAGUUUAUUCCGGAGAGAUUCUUGGAAGAUAAUUCGGAUGAGAAAAUUGAGGGUGGGAAUUUUGAUUUUCGAUACCUUCCUUUUGGGAGCGGGAGGAGAGGGUGCCCCGGCGCUUCGCUGGCGAUGAUGGUGAUGCACGCGACCGUGGGAGCUCUGGUGCAGUGCUUUGAUUGGGAGGUUGAGGACGGGGAGAAGUUGGAUAUGAGGCUUGGUUCAGGGUUUGGGGGAGAAAUGGCUCGACCUCUGUUGUGUUAUCCUGUGUCACGCUUAUCACCACAUUAUUUUUAACAUGCUAUAGAUUGAAAAGAAGAGGCAAAUAGAUUGUUGAGAGUUCAUGUGAUUUCAAACCAAACAAAAGGUUGUUAUGCUCGUCAACUUUGUUGAUGGUCGAUUUUCAUGUUUUGCCAAGGGUUUGAUGGUAUGCUUGAACUGGAGUUUUUUUUUACUAUGUAACUCUUAGUUUUUGGUAGGGGUGGCUAUACGGUCCGGUCCGGUUAAAUUGGCCCAAAUUGAUUCGGUCCAGUCCGGUCUUUUUAAAAAUAUAAGGACCAAAGAUUAGAUUGGAUACAGUCCGGUCUUGAUCCGGUCCGGUCCCAAUUCGGUCUUGAUUUUAUAUUGAGCUUGUGGGGAUUUGUGUGGCCUAAGGCCUGAAAGGGUGAUGAGUUGGUUAAGUUUUGUACUAAGUGCAAAGGUUUUUGACCAUUUAAGACAAUUAUCCUUAAGUUUUGGGUGUUGAGCUCUCUUAUCCGAUCUUUAUCCAAUUUUCGAUCCGGUCCCGAACGGUUUUUUACCUCAAAUCUAAGCCCAAAGAUUGGAUUGGAUUGUUUACUAUCCGGUCCAAGUCCGGGUUAUACGGUCCGAUUUCGGGUAAAUCCUCAAACUCAACUUCGUGAGUGGAUCGAUGAGACUAUAGACACAACAAUCCCUUACUAUCGAUCUUCAAUCGAUCAAAGUACCGUGUCGACUUCCUCGAAGGAGACACUCGCGUAGAGUCCAAAUCGUUUCAUAUUAGUCCGGGUACAUACCACGACACAUGUUAGGGAUAAAACCUAACAAGGAUGUUGCCGGUUUUCAAAGUUACGAGUCAGAGGAACUCUAAGUGGAUCGAGCUUAUGCAACAACUUCCCUCCUGUGCUUCCUUUCACCAUCCAAUAGUAUAGUUUUGCUUUUCCAACAUUGUUUAUCUUCUUUCGUUUUUUAAAACCAAGAGGAACAUCAACUCCGAGGCACCUCAACCUCCACUUUAUUAGCUUUUAGAACCUCAUAGAACUCCGCAUUUGCCACCUUAGUAAGUGAUUGUUAGAGAUCCUAACAAAUAUGAUCUUGGUCUUUGGACCAGAUAGAUAAAUUUGCAUACACAAUCUACACGAGCGAUCGAUCAAUUCAAGAGAGACAAGAUUUGGAAAUAUUAUAAAGAAAAUCAACCCUCUUGA